GUCACCAAGCGUGGUCAAAUGAAUAGUUUGAUACGUUUGACCAAACGCAUACAGCUCUCCGUCCCGUUCAAAAUCGAGAAAAAUCCCCAAAUCUCUUCGAUUAGGGUUUUCGUUGUCUCGUGCCACUUGAAUCGAGAAAUUCCUCUCCCCUAGUCGAGGUGUUAUUGAUAUAGAAAUCGAUCGAUUCUACGCGAUGCCAUCGUUUUCUUCGUUCUCACUGAGCAUUACCUUCGUUUUUCUGGUUAUCUGCUUGAUCGGCGUGCGAUCGGAGAAUGACGCGGGAUUAUCGGCGGAAAAAGCUGGCGAUGUCUGUGCGGGGUUUUCGAAGUCGGGUUCAUGCCCGAUAAAUUGUUUCCGGGCGGAUCCGGUGUGCGGAGCCGACGGAGUGACGUACUGGUGCGGCUGUCCGGACGCGGCGUGCCACGGAGCCCGUGUCAUCAAGACAGGGGCUUGUGAUUCAGUGUGAUGACACGCUGCUGGGGUGUAAAAUGAACAAUGGAAAGGGACAAAAGUACGGCGAACGAAGACUCUGGACAAAAGAUGAGACUGUUGAGUGAUGGAUGAAGGAAUCUAGGAGGAAGGUGGUGUGUGUGUGAAAGUGCCACUAAAAAUCUUAAAAUCUUUUGGUAGUAACUUCUCCCUUAAGCACUUGAAUUGUGUAUUUCUUUUUUAUCAGUAUACAAAUACGAUUAGCUUCGGUCUCCCAUUCACAAGUAAUAGGAAUAUACAGGGACAUAUACAGAGUAGAUAAUUCGUUAUUCUAAGUUCUAGGUUCGUCUUCUCGGGACUUGUGGUAAUGGAAACAUAUGUACAAAAUUCUGAUAAAUGGGACCCACUUUGGGAUUCCUUCACAUAUACUAUAAAUUAAAAUUUUCUCGGCAGCGUGUCUGCUAAGAACCUCAAAACGAGUGAAAAAAACUAAAGGAACCAAUAGAAAGCCUUCUUGUUCAGUCUCCUCUUUAAAAGCGAUGUCUCACUCUCCCAUUUUCCUUCAUCGCAUCUUACAGUGUAUAGUGAAGCUGUGAAGGAUGGUUCUGAAAUGGGAGAUGAAGGGCUUCAGGUUCCGACCGACGGACCAAGAGCUCAUCAAAGACUACCUCGACCACAAGAAUCUCGGCGACGAAACCCCUGUCCAUGAAGCUAUAAACGAGAUCAUCAUCUGCAGGUUCGAUCCCUGGGAUUUACACGAGCAAUCGAAGAUCCAGUCUGAGGAUGAUAAAGUCUGGUACUUUUUCUCUCCGAGGGUUACCAAAUACUCGAACAGCAAAAGAGCCAACAGGAAGACGAAGAAUGGGUAUUGGAAGGUGACUGGACGAGAUCGUUGCAUCAAAGGGAAGAACCAGAAGGUGAUCGGUACGAAGAAGACGCUGGUUUUCUACAAGGGUCGUGUUCCUAAUGCCGCCAGGACUGCUUGGGUCAUGCAUGAAUACCAUAGCUCCGUUGUUCCUCCUGACAAGGGAGUCUAUGUUCUUUGUAAGGUGAAAGAUAAGUCAAACAAUGAUAAUACCGUAUCAUCUGGUGGAGGAGCUGAACCUAGUCAUCCUCUGCCUUGUAGUUCUGAGGAUCAUGUAACAACAGAAGAAACAUCAGAGGUUGACAAAACCAUUGUCCUAGCAGAAGAAACUCCUAAUUCUGUAUGUGACUUUGGUGGACCUGACACUGAUUUGGGUCUGUGGAGGGAUGAGCUUGAUGAUGGAAGCUCAUUGUCCUCAAUGUUAAUGACUAACUACAGCUUGAGUGACUAUUCCCUGCUACCUGAGUAUGACUCUCCUACAGUUCAAUUAGAGAAUAAUGAAGAAGUUUGGGGCUUCUCAGCUGAUGAUUUGGCCAGUUCCAGAGAGCAUGGUCUUAAUACAUUCAUGCAUGAAUCUCCAAUAUCUUUCGAAUCUUUCUACCAAUCUGAUCUCAUCAACAUCUCUGAAGGAGAAAUUUCUCCAGCACAAGGUAAUUGUUUGCAUCAGCAGGCACUGAGAAUCUGAGGGCAGAAGAUUCCAAGAAGUAUUUUGGAAUCUUCUAAAUGGAAAAUUACUACACAAGACGUAAAGUUAUCUCAGCAUCUACCAUGGAAGAAUCUUCUGCACAGCAAAAUGGUUCAAAUAUCUCUAUCACACAAAGCAGAAAUGCAGGCAUCAAGAAAAUGAAGUCAGAGGAUUUCAACAAGUGUAAUGGAAUAUUAGUUCGUUUGUACAAACCAAGGAGACAAGGUCGGAAGAUUUCGACUAGAGUAAAAGGAAUAUUAUCAAGGAAAUGGAGGUUAGAAGAUUGCAAGAAGUGCAAAUGUAUGUUAUUUUUUUUGCUACAGCAGACAACAAGAAACUGAAGUCAGGAGAUUUCAGCAAGUUUAAAGGAAUAUUAGUCUUUUUGCUACAACAGACUUCAAGGAAAUGAGGUCAGAAGAUUUCAAGAAGUUUAAAGGAACAUAAGUCUUUUGCUACAGCAGACAACAAGAAAAUGAGGUCAGAAGAUUUCAUCAUGUAAAGGAAUCGAUACAACAAACAUCAAGGAAACGAAGACAAAAGAGUUACCACAAGUUUAAAAGAAUAUUAUCAAGGAAGUGAGAUCAGAAGAUUUCACGAAGUGGAAAGGAGUAUUAGUUAGUCUCUACAAUAGACAUCAAGGAAACAAGGUCAGAAGAUUUCAACAAGUGUUAAAGGAAUGUCAUCGACGAUAUGAGGACAGAAGAUUUCAAGAAGUAUAAAGGAACGGUUUUUUUUCAUCUGCUACAGCAGACAACAACAAAAUGUGGUCAGAAGAUCUCAACAAGUGUAAAAGAAUAUAGGUUUGUUGCUACAACAGACAUCAAGGAAACGAGGAGAAAAGGUUUCAACAAGUGUAAAACAAUGUUAUCAAGGAAAUGAGAUUUAGAAGAUGAAGAGUUGUAAAGGUAUGUUAGUUUUUUUUUGCUACAACAGAACAAGAAAAAGAAAAUGAGGUCAGAAGAUUAAAGAAGUUCAAAGGAAUAUCAGAGUUUGAAGCCGCCAGCUACCGAGAAGUUGCCAUCGAUCAAGUAGCCGCCAACGCCGUGGUCGCCGCUGUCUAGAGGGCGGUAUUAUUAGAGUCUCACGUCUAACAUAUGUGGGAGAAAUUGAGUCCAUAUAAAGCUAUGGACACCCCCUCUCAACAAGAUAGCUUUUGGAGUGGGUUCUAUUCAUGGGUUUUGGGAUUUAGUUGGGCUCAUUAUCAGUCAUUUAAGGAUAGGAUCUUGUCCUAAUGAUAUGACUCUCAUGUCAAAUUUCGGCCACGCCCUUGCAAGAGAAUGUAAGGACGGUUCUCUCGCCUAAGAGUUCAUGGAACUGUAUGCAGAGGCUGAAGCUGAAACCUUACCCAGAAUAUCGGUAUGUAUGUUCUGAAUCACCUUCUACUUUAAACCCAUACACAACACAAAUAACCAGAAAACUGUUCCUGUGAUAUUCUGCAUUCAAUUUCUACAUAACUAUCCAUACGUCCUUACUCAAAAACUCACCCUGAAAAAAAAAACUGUUCCCUGGAUUAUUCUGUACUCAUUUUGUUGCUAAAAAAAACUGAUCCAUACACCCUCCCUUUCUCGGGAAAAUUUUACCCAGAAAACUCUACCUGGAAAAGUUUGCAACCUUUUCUUCCCAAAAGACUAUCCGGGCAGAGAUACUUAUCCAAGAAAAAAGAAAA